ACGCAACGUCCAAAACACACGCGUAUAAUAAUAAACACUCGAGUGUCAGAUGCGCGAGAGCCUCGUCGGACGAUUUUAAAUGGUUUGUUUAUGAUGAGCUUUGAGUUUUAAAUGAUGUUAAAAAGACUGUCAGCUAUCACUGGGAUAUAUCAGUAACAAUCUGCCUAUGGACUAACCGGAAGUGUUCUAACUAACAGUUAGAAGUUUUUUUUUUCUUUAUCAUCAUCAUCAUCAUCAUCAUCAUCAUCAUCAUCAUUAUUAUUAUUAUCAUGGAGGCUGUAUUUAGUCAAAUCUGGCAUGAAGUCGAAUUCCCCUCGUUGUCCUUUGUAUUUUUUAUUCUUUUCAUCCUUGUUGUUUUCUACCUGCUGAAGAAGAAUCGACAACGUAAACACUUGUUUGUAAACAUCCCACCUGGUCCGAAACCACUUCCGAUUGUGGGGAACUUUGGCAGGUUGUUCGUGCCGCCGUUCAUUUUGAAGCUGUUCGUGCGAAAAGCUGAAGACUAUAAAAAGACAAGCGCAAGCCCAAUUUCCCCGCAGGUCGGUUUGACGGAGCUGUCCAAGGUUUACGGUAACAUUUACAGCCUGUUUGUGGGCAGUCAGCUGGCCGUGGUGCUGAACGGAUACGAGGUGAUCAGAGAGGCGCUGUCUAACAACGCCGAGGUUUUCUCUGACAGACCUGACAUCCCUCUGAUCUCCAUUCUGACCAAGCGGAAAGGCAUUGUGUUCGCACCUUAUGGUCCAGUCUGGAGAAAACAGCGCAAGUUCUGCCACAUGACUCUUCGAAACUUUGGCCUGGGAAAGCUGAGCCUGGAGCCGUGCAUACACGAGGGAUUUGCCAUGGUCAAGGCUGAGCUGCUAAAGCAAAACCAGGAGGCAGGAGGAGAGGGGGUGGACCUGACACCUUUUAUCAGCAAUGCCGUGUCCAACGUAAUCUCUUCGAUCAGCCUAGGUCAGCGCUUCCACCACCAGGAUGAGGAGUUCCGUAAACAGCUGAACCUCAUGGCCCAUGGGCUGGAGAUCAGCAUGAACAGCUCCGCCGUGCUCAUCAACAUCUUCCCCUGGCUCUACUACCUCCCCUUCGGCGUCUUCGGGGAGCUCAGACAAGUGGAGAGGGACAUCACAGCAUUCCUGAAGAAGAUUAUAGCCAGACACAUGGCCACGCUGGACCCAGACAACCCCAGGGAUUUUAUCGAUAUGUAUCUGGUGGAGAUGCUGACGCAGCAGAAAACAGGAGGGUCAGAGGAGGAUGGAUUCUCCGAGGAUUACCUGUUCUACAUAAUAGGAGAUCUGUUUAUUGCAGGGACAGAUACAACCACUAAUAGUAUCCUGUGGAUGAUAUUGUACAUGUGUUUGCAUCCUGAUGUCCAAGAGAAUGUCCAGCGAGAGAUCGAUGCUGUAGUGGGUCGUGGAAGGCUGCCGUCACUGACUGAUAAAGGCACGCUGCCCUACACCGAGGCCACUAUCAUGGAGGUGCAGAGACUGGCUGUGGUAGUGCCUCUUGCUAUCCCUCACAUGACUUCCAAGACUACAGAAUUACAAGGGUACACUAUUCCUAAGGGCACAGUCAUCCUUCCUAACCUGUGGUCGGUCCAUAGAGAUCCCACUGUAUGGGAGAAUCCAGAUGACUUCAAUCCUUCACGGUUUCUGGAUGAAGAAGGCCAGCUCCUUAGAAAGGAAUAUUUUAUUCCAUUUGGAAUAGGUCGGAGAGUGUGCAUGGGAGAACAGCUGGCGAAGAUGGAGCUCUUCCUGCUGUUCACCAGCCUGAUGCAGGCUUUCACAUUUCGUCUCCCCGAGGGACACCAACCUCUGUCCAUGCACGGACGCUUCGGCCUCACGCUGGCUCCCUGUCACUUCAGUGUGUGUGUAACGCCACGUUAACCGAAACAGACAUUAUCACUUCAGAAAAUCACAAACACAGGAUUGAUAACGGUUUCUUUCAUAGCUGGAAUGAGCUUAAUGCUUUUUAGGGCAAUGAAUCAUGCAAAAGAAGGUGAUGAAGUGAGAAUGUCUGUGCAUUGUAUCAAAUCAUUUCACUAAAUGGUGUCGGAUUCCUUUACAAAAUCAGUGUACAUUCAUACUACAGUUGUCUGUGGUUUUUGUAUUCAUUUCUAAUGUCAGCUUUCGUUCACCUUCUGCACUUUACUGCUAUGAAAUCCAAUUUCUAAAAUCCUGGACAUAAUAUGAUUGUAUUAAUACAAUUAAUUUACAUUUCAUACUUUUACCCUUUAUUUUUUCAGCUUUAAUUUUUUUGUGAUUAGAAUACUGUAUUUUAGUCAUUUAAUUCAUAUCUUUCAUUCAUUUCUAUAAAAUGAGAGAACAGACAUUGACAAGGACGUUUUGAUUUUUCUUACUGAACAAUCCAGCAAACUCUAACAAAAUGAAUUUCAGUUUUAUCAAAAACUCUGAACUGCUGUAUAUGAAUUUUGAAGUACAAGUGGCCUUAAGAGCAUUCAAAAUUAAUUUAUGGAUUUGUAUAGAAUGCAAGUGUAAAUAUAUAAUGCAGUAAUGUAUUAUAGAUGCAGAUCAAUGCAUACGUACUACAGCAUUUAUGAUGUUUCAUUUAAAAUGUCAAUUUCAAAUUAAAAGCUUUCUGAUAUGAUUUUAUUAUCACAUUAAAUAUAAAAUAUGCUGGU